AAAAGUGCGGAAGAGCCGCGUGCCCCGCGUGCUCGUCCGCUAAAUGCCAUUCGUCGUAUUCACUGAGUGACUCGUUCAAACACGGAGACCAGUGCUUUCCACGCCGCCGCCGCGGCUGCUGCUGCGAGCUCGGCGGAGGUGACAUCACGCGUCCCCAGCGCCAGGCUCCGAGCGUUGCCCCUCCGCGGACGGACCGGAGCCAUUAGCUUAGCCGAGCGCUAAGCUAGCCGAGGCUGUCGUUGCCGCUGAUCCCGCCGCGUCCAGCUGCGCUGCAGCUCGCGCAUCCCCGCGCGUGUCCAACAAACGGCCUGCGACUAUAUUCUGCAGAUUCAUGGUGUGAAAAUGCCUCCAACCGCGCACCGAACCCUGACAUAACACGCAGCGGUCGCAUAUGCUGCUGCAAAGAUGGGCCGCAUCAGGGCUUAUUUGCAGAGAAUGAGGGGCAGGAUGCGGCUGGGCCGCCUCAGAGAGCUGGGCCGACAGUAUCCAGUCUUCUGCUUUCUGCUGCUGCUGCUGCUCCUCUCCACUGUGCUGCUGAACAGGUAUAUUCACAUUAUCAUGGUGUUUUGGUCCUUCCUGGCUGGAGUGGUUACUUUCUACUGCUCCUUGGGGCCCGAGUCUUUGCUGCCCAACAUCUUAGUCUCCAUUAAACCUAAGACAAAGUCCUACCAGCAGGAGCUGUUUCCACUGGGCCACAGCUGUGCUGUCUGUGGAAAAAUCAAAUGUAAACGGCACAGACCGACCCUGCUGCUGGAAAACUAUCAGCCGUGGCUGGAUCUGAAAGUUCCUUCUAAGGUGGAUGCUUCUUUGUCAGAGAUAUUGGAGCUGGUUCUGGAAAACUUUGUGUAUCCUUGGUAUAGAGACAUCACGGACGAUGAGGCAUUUGUGGAUGAGCUGAGGGUGACUUUACGUUUCUUUGCCGCUGUGUUGGUUCGCCGAACGCAGAAGGUGGACGUGGCUGCCCUCAUCACUCAAAAGCUCCUGAAGGCUUCAAUGAAGCAUAUUGAAAUAAUAAGCAAAGCAAGGCAGAAAGUAAGGAACACAGAGUGUCUUCAACAAGCUGCCCUGGAAGAAUACGGCCCUGACCUCCACAUAGCUCUGCGCAGUCGCAGGGACGAGCUUCUCUACCUCCGGAGGCUGACUGAGAUGCUCUUCCCCUACAUUCUCCCACCCAAGGCCACAGAUUGCAGAUCUCUUACUCUCCUGAUAAAAGAGGUCUUGGCUGGUUCUGUCUUCCUUCCUUCAAUGGAUUACUUGGCUGAUCCUGACACAGUAAAUCAUUUAAUUCUGAUUUUCAUCAACAACUCUCCUCCUGAAGAAGAUGCAGAGCAAACAUCAGCACUGGUUCCUUUCCUGCACAAGUAUUCGGAUACUCGCAACAAAAAACCCUCUGUGCUAAAACUGGAGUUGAAGGAAAUUAGAGAGCAGCAAGACCUUCUCUUUCGUUUCAUGAACUUCCUGAAGCAGGAGGGGGCCGUGCAUGUGCUUCAGUUCUGCCUUGCCGUUGAGGAAUUCAAUGAUAGGAUACUGUGCCCAGAGCUGUCUGACUCAGAGAAGAUGAUGCUUCAUGAAGAGGUGAAGAAGAUCUACGAGACCUACUGUUUGGAUGAGAGCGUCGAUAAAAUCCGCUUUGAUCCAUUUAUAGUGGAGGAAAUACGUAACAUUGCAGAGGGCCCGUAUGCAGAGGUGGUGAAGCUGCAGACCAUGAGGUGUCUGUUUGAAGCCUACGAGCACGUCCUGUCCCUCUUGGAGAACGUGUUCACCCCCAUGUUCUGUCACAGUGAUGAGUACUUCCGACAGCUUCUGAGAGGGGCUGAAUCUCCUGCAAGGAAUUCCAAGAUGAGCAGAAAUAGCCACAGUCUGGAUGACAUUCGUUCCUGGGACUGGAGCCCCGAGUCCCCAUCCUCACUGUUCACCGCCUCUGGCAGCUCGUCACCUGCAUCCUAUAGCUCCCUCCAUGCCCAGUCCACGUUCACCACCUUCCCAUACGGCUCGCUAUCCCACCGUCACUCAUCACCCAAGAGCACAUCAAAGCGCGGCGAGUCCUUUGGGAUCAGCCGUAUUGGCAGCAAGAUCAAAGGAGUGUUCAAGAGCACUACUAUGGAGGGAGCCAUGCUGCCAUCCUAUGGUUUGGUGGAGGGAGAGGACGAUAUGGUGGAGGAAGCCAUGAUGGUGCUGGAGGACGACUCCCCCAUGGAGGCAGCUUCCACCCCCAGCACGCCGCGGAACCUCUCGGCCUGGAACAUCACCAUCCCGUACAUCGAUUUCUAUGACGACGACGUGAAGAGAGAGAGGAUUCCCGUGUUCUGCAUCGAUGUGGAGCGGAACGACAGAAAGGCGGUGGGACAUGAGAUGGAGCACUGGUCUGUGUACAGACGAUAUCUGGAGUUCUAUGUGCUCGAGUCAAAGCUCACGGAAUUUCAUGGCUCAUUUCCAGAUGCACAGUUGCCUUCGAAGAGAAUCAUCGGCCCAAAGAACUACGAGUUCCUAACAUCGAAGCGGGAGGAGUUCCAGGAGUAUCUUCAGAACCUCCUGCAGCACCCGGAGCUGAGCAACAGUCAGCUGCUAGCCGACUUCCUGUCUCCUCACAGUAUGGAGUCCCAGUUCCUGGAUAAGAUGCUGCCCGACGUGAACCUGGGAAAAAUCAUCAAGGCAGUUCCCAGCAAACUGAUAAAAGAGAAAGGACAGCAUCUGGAGCCUUUCAUCCAGUCCUUCUUCAACUCCUGCGAAUCCCCUAAACCCAAACCCAGCCGCCCCGAGCUCACCAUUCUGAGCCCCACCUCUGAAAAUGACAAGAAGCUCUUCAAUGACCUCUUCAAAAACAACGCCAACCGAUCGGAGACGACGGAGAAGAGACACAACCAGAACUACUUCAUGGAAAUGAUCACCGUUGAAGGGGUCUAUGACUACUUGAUGUAUGUGGGCCGGGUCGUCUUCCACAUCCCUGACUGGCUGCAUCACCUCCUGAUGGGCGGCAGGAUCCUGUUCAAGAACACACUGGAGGCCUACACUGAUCACUACCUUCAGUGCAAACUGGACAAGGUGGUGCAGGAGCACCGCCUGGUCUCCCUCAUCACCUUACUUCGAGACACAGUUUUCUGUGAGAGCAGUCCGCCCCUCUCGGCCCAAGAGAAGCAGAGGAGGGCCAAGAAGACGUUUGAGGAGAUGAUGAACUAUAUUCCAGACCUUCUGGGGAAAUGCAUCGGCGAGGAGGCCAAAUACGAAGGGGUCCGUCUGCUCUUUGACGGACUGCAACAGCCAGUUCUCAACAAACAGCUGACCUAUGUGCUGUUGGACAUUGCCAUUCAGGAGCUUUUUCCAGAGCUAAACAAGCAGGUACAAAAGGAAACAUCUGUCAUGGCUCCAUGGAUGUAAAACACAUGAGCAACGGUCUGUUCUGCUGUACAGUAUGCAUGUGUCAAAUCUAAUGUAAAAUAAAUAAUGUACUCUUUA